AUAAGAGACGAGAUGGGCCAGGGCGACGAGAGCGACCGCAUUGUGAUCAACGUGGGAGGGACUAGGCACCAGACUUACCGCAGCACCCUGCGCACCCUGCCCGGCACGCGGCUGGCCUGGAUCGCUGAGCCCGAUGCCCACAGCCACUUUGACUAUGACCCUCGCACGGAUGAGUUUUUCUUUGACCGGCACCCGGGCGUCUUCGCCCACAUCCUGAAUUACUACCGCACUGGCAAGCUGCACUGCCCCGCGGACGUGUGCGGGCCCCUGUACGAGGAGGAGCUGGCCUUCUGGGGCAUCGAUGAGACCGAUGUGGAGCCCUGCUGCUGGAUGACCUACCGGCAGCACCGCGACGCCGAAGAGGCUCUGGACAGCUUUGGUGGGGCGCCUCUGGAUAGCAGUGCUGAGGACGGAGACAUAGAUGGCACAGGAGACUCUGGUGAUGGUGAAGAUGAACUGGAGAUGACAAAACGCCUAGCACUUAGUGACUCCCCAGAUGGCAGGUCUGGGGGCUUCUGGAGACGGUGGCAGCCCCGCAUCUGGGCACUCUUUGAGGAUCCCUACUCCUCCAGAUAUGCAAGGUAUGUGGCAUUUGCCUCCCUGUUCUUCAUUCUGGUCUCCAUUACCACCUUCUGCCUCGAGACCCACGAGAGAUUUAACCCCAUUGUGAACAAGACAGAAACUGAAUUCAUCGGGAAUGACACCCAGGUGCGGCACUACAGGGAAGCAGAGACGGAAGCCUUUCUCACCUACAUCGAAGGUGUCUGUGUGGUCUGGUUUACAUUUGAGUUCUUGAUGAGAGUCACUUUCUGCCCCAACAAGGUGGAAUUUAUCAAAAACUCUUUGAACAUCAUUGACUUUGUGGCCAUACUGCCUUUCUAUCUAGAGGUUGGACUCAGUGGCCUGUCUUCCAAAGCUGCUAAGGAUGUCCUGGGCUUCCUCCGCGUAGUCCGUUUCGUGCGAAUCCUGCGAAUUUUCAAGCUGACCCGCCACUUCGUCGGGUUGCGGGUCUUGGGACACACCCUCCGUGCCAGCACAAACGAAUUCUUGCUGCUCAUCAUAUUUUUGGCAUUGGGCGUCUUAAUCUUUGCCACGAUGAUCUAUUAUGCCGAGAGAAUAGGUGCUAAACCAAAUGACCCUAGUGCCAGUGAACACACACACUUUAAAAAUAUCCCCAUCGGCUUUUGGUGGGCUGUUGUCACCAUGACGACCCUGGGCUACGGAGACAUGUAUCCUCAGACUUGGUCAGGCAUGCUGGUGGGGGCCCUCUGCGCUCUCGCUGGUGUGCUGACCAUUGCCAUGCCUGUCCCUGUCAUUGUGAACAAUUUCGGAAUGUAUUACUCCUUAGCUAUGGCUAAGCAGAAGCUACCAAAGAAAAAAAAGAAGCAUAUCCCGAGGCCACCCCAGCUGGGAUCCCCCAAUUAUUGUAAAUCUGUCGUAAACUCUCCACACCACAGUACUCAGAGCGACACUUGCCCACUGGCCCAAGAAGAAAUUUUAGAAAUUAACAGAGCAGAUUCGAAACUGAAUGGUGAGGUGGCCAAGGCGGCGCUGGCAAACGAAGACUGUCCCCACAUAGACCAGGCUAUUACGCCUGAUGAGGGCCUGCCCUUUACCCGCUCUGGCACUCGGGAGAGAUAUGGACCCUGCUUCCUCUUAUCAACCGGGGAAUAUCCCUGCCCGCCUGAUGGAGGAAUAAGAAAGGGUUACGAAAUGUCACGGAGCCUUAACAGCAUAGCUGGCAUAAGUGGAAAAGCGAUAGGAUUAUCCUCAGUGUCUGCGCCCUACAGCUCUCCUAGCCCAGUGAGACGUUCUUGGUCUCCCAUCCCAUCUAUUUUGUAGCAUGGAUCAGUAGCAGAGAAUGGUCUAAAAAGCUUUACUUUCAAUUAGCCUAUGCGAUGUUGCAUAUAGUCCAGGUGACUAAGUCUGAAGAUGCAAUGUCUCACAGUAGCACCCGCUGCAAACGGUGUUACUUCUGAUGCUUAGGUGACAACACUCCUAAAUAGCACUCAGAUGACAAUAGGCAGGCAUUGGCGUAGUACUGGUGGGCCAUACGUGCUGCAUGGUAUCAGUACCUAGGAUGAAGGGUAGAUGCACCAGAUGGCUUCCUUGCUGGUGCAUCCUGCUAGUAUACGCUUAUUGUGGCUAAUGGUGGAUCUACUGGCUCUGUAUGGAAUGGGUUAGGCGUUUAGUCGAUGCUGAAACAUGCCAACGAUGGAAGAUUUUGCUUUUCUCAGGAUAUUUUUGAGCCAUAGGAACCCUGCAGGAGUUUGAGCAAACAAGCACAGUAGAAUGAAACUUUGCAUGGGCACCUAUCUUAAGCUGAAAGCAAUACUCAGACACACUAUAGAGAGGUCUCAGUCUGGCUGACUGCAUGGGAAAAAAAAUCCUGUUGAAGAAGAAUAUGGCUGCCUCUGCAUGUAGCUAUCUCACCUUUUCCUCCUUCCUUUAACACUAAGAUGCCGAGCUUGAUGUGAAAAGCGCAGGGAAGAAGCUCAAGUACUGAUUGUAUUCUUUACAUGCAGAUCUUUGCAAAGAAAGUCCAGUCAUUGCUAAAUAUAUGCCAACAGAGGCAGUCAGAGUGACCUGACAAGGCAAGAUGGAGAUGAACAUUGAUGGCUAAUAAACAUCUCUGUGGAACUGUGCAGGCAUAGAAGACCUUCUCAUUUGGACAAAGUUAACUCGCUCCAUGCAGGUUUUAUGGAUGAUUCUUCGUGGUUCUGGAGUUGUACUAGAGAUGCAGGCUUUUUCUACGGCCAAAAUGUAACAAAACUGUAGAAGAUCCUUUUUUUUUAAUCUAUUUUUUUGUUCCAUAGCAUGACUUGCAUGAAGACAAAAAUGAAAAUGAAAAAAAAAUCAACAAAACAACACACACACGAGAAACACUGCAAAUGUAUGAUUAAGGAGAAAAAGAAAAAAAAAAAAGCAAAGUUAUAUAUUUUCUUUCAAAGCUCUUUACUUUUACAUACAUUGUUGUAGCCAAAAUGUAAAACAUUAUAAAACUGUACAUUUCUUUGCUAUGGAUCGCUUCUUUUUGUAUACAAGAUACAGAGUAAUGGUUUUAAAAAGUGCAAUCAGGCAGUCAUCGGUCAUAUUGACCACGCCUUCACAGUUCAUCACACCGACAUGGAAAUCAAGAACUUUUAAUCCAACUAGAAAUGUAUAAAAAUAAGAAAAACUUUCUCCUGUCUGUUUUUGUUGGCAUGCUUGUGACACAUGGGACCUUCCUUUGGACCUGACAGUAACAGCUGGUUAAUUUUCCAGCUCUGGUUAUGUUGUAUUUUAUUGAUGUAUAGAUCCAGCAUAAAGACCCUUCAUAAAUUGUUCAUAUUAAGUAAUCAGUAUGAAUUUUAAACAAAAG